UAUAUUUAUCAAGUAACACGAACUUGGCUGAAGGAUUCCAUCAAUAAUACCAUCCCAACUAGGUAUAAAUAAGGAUUGCGUACCUAGCAGGUACAUACCUAGGUAUGAUCUACCGUGAAUGGUGCUCACCUGCUACGAACACCACACACCUGCAGGUACGGGUAGCUUCUCAUAUAGCAAGGCUCACAUGCAGCUUAAAUUUAAAACGAAGUAUGCCUAGGUACACUUCAUGAAAGAUCUCGCGACAAAAUGUUAAUCUCAAAUAUUGCACUCCUUUUUUUUAGCCUUGUCAAUCAUCUAGUAGCAGGCGAGUCUUGCGAGUGUGAUUGUCCGUGCCUGGAUAAUACUUCUUUUACGACGAAAAUAAACACAUCAACAACACGAUCAAAGACUGAACAGACUAAUAAGAUUGAUCCGAAUAUUCAACCUACGAUAACCCAACCGAAUAUUCAACCUACUAUAACCAAACCGAAUAUUCAGCCAAGCAAUACUCAACCAAGUAAAACUCAUACAGGCAAUACUCAGAAGAGCAAUACUCAGAAGAGCAACACGCAGAAGAGCAACACGCAGAAGAGCAACACGCAGACGACAUCUCGAAAGUCAAGUGAUGGCUGCACUAUUACCGAUACCGCAGUUCCAACUGUUACCGUUAUAAAGUCGUACAGCAGAGAAAAAGAUACUGUAUGGGCGACCUUUACUCAGACUAAGCGGCCCAAAGAUGCAAUCGACACUUGCCAAGGCUCAGUUGUCACUACGACGAGUACUAUUACAACUUCAGCCAGUGCUAUUGAAUACUUCGGCACUGAGAGAUUUUUCAAUAUUGAUCUUAAGCCUACUUCUCGUCGUACAGUCAGCCCAGAAAUGCGAUCAUGGGCCAAGAUGAAGAAACUCACCUUCCUGCUUACUGCCUGGGGGAAAGCUCAAGGGGGGUUUUCGAUCAAUGGGCCCCUAAGAGCGAGGAUUAUUGUAAGACAUCCGCCGGCCCUAAGGGAUCUGAUAGCAAGAUCUGGGUUGCGGUUACACCAUCGCCAGACAAGACGGGAUGUAAGCCGUUAAAGGAGUACAAGUUCUCAGAUAAAACAUGCUCAGACAAUUAUGCCAACGUUAUCAAGACAUGUAAGCCCUUCCACGAAAAUAAGUGACACAGCCUUGGCUUUCGUCGAUCUUUCAAGUCACGGUGGGCAUAACUAAUUAUUUUUUACUUAUAUUAGGCAUGAAUAAGAAUGGGAAAUCUGGAGUGUUUAAGGAAAAUGGUGCUAACGGAUGUUGGGAUUUCAAGGUGUGGGGUGGCUCGCUAUGAAGCCCCUAUAUAAAUAACACACCAAAACGACCCAAAACCUGGGUCAUGUCCUUCAGAAAUCUAAAUAUAAAUGUUUGCUCAACAACUGAGAUAUCUAGGCUACUUGGUAGGCACCUAGCUAGUAGUAGGUGCACCUAGCACAUGCACAUG